GCAAGGUAAGUGUUAUCAGCUGGAGCGGAUGAAGGCGAGAUGAGCGGCAGAGUCGGAGACCUCAGCCCCAGACAGGCCGAGGCUUUAGCGCAGUUUCGUGAGAAGAUACAAGAUGUACUGCCACAGUGUCCUUCUCAGAGUGACCACUUCAUGCUGCGCUGGCUUAGAGCCAGAAAUUUCAAUGUGCAGAAAGCUGAAACAAUGCUACGAAAGCAUUUGGAGUUCCGGAAACACAUGAAGGCUGACACUAUCAUUACUGACUGGAAGCCUCCUGAGGUUUUAGAGAAGUACUUCUCUGGAGGCAUGUGUGGCUACGACCAAGAAGGCAGCCCUGUGUGGUAUGAUGUCAUCGGACCAGUGGAUCCAAAAGGUCUCCUGCUGUCUGCCUCCAAGCAGGACUUCAUGAAGUGUAAAGUUCGAGACUGCGAGAUGCUGCAGAAGGAGUGUGACUUACAGAGCGUCCGGUUGGGAAAAAAUGUGGAGUCCAUAACAAUGAUCUAUGACUGUGAGGAUUUGGGCCUGAAGCAUUUGUGGAAGCCUGCUAUAGAACUGUAUGGAGAGGUUCUGACCAUGUUUGAGGACAACUAUCCUGAAGGACUCAAGAGGUUAUUUGUAAUAAAAGCACCCAAACUGUUUCCUGUGGCCUACAAUCUGGUGAAACAUUUUCUGAGUGAGGAGACUAGACGCAAGGUCAUGGUUCUGGGAUCGAAUUGGCAAGAGGUGUUACGGAAACAUAUCGACCCCGAGGAGCUACCAGCCAUUUAUGGGGGAAAAUUGACUGACCCCAAUGGAGACCCCCGCUGCAGAACUAGGAUUCAGCAAGGAGGGCAGGUGCCCCAGUCUUACUAUGCACGGGAGUUCAUCAAAGUGCAAUAUGACCAGUGCGUGUCCAUCAGCCGCGGCUCCUCCCACCAGCUGGAGUAUGAGAUCCUGGCACCGGGCUGCGUGCUCAGAUGGCAGUUCUGCUGUGAGGGAGCAGAUGUGGGCUUUGGAGUCUUCUUGAAGAAGAAGCUGGGGGAGUGGAUGAAGGCAGGUCAGAUGCAGGAGGUUGUGCCCAAUCAGCGUUACAAUGCACACCUGGUACCUGAGGAUGGAUCCCUUACCUGCACAGAACCAGGAGUGUAUGUGCUGCGAUUUGACAACACUUACAGCAUCUUUCAGUCCAAAAAAGUCAGCUUCACUGUGGAGGUCCUUCUGCCUAGUAAUGACAGCCAGUCAGAGCCUGGGAUGAGCAAAGCGUCAGAACAGGAAGCCCCCAGUAGCCAAUAGGAUGUGGCUGUGGAACUGUUGGUUUGGAGACUGAGACUAUUACUGCAAAGCAAACCAGCACUUGAAGUGGCAUGUCCUGCACAUGACAUUACAUGAAAAGGGUUUGGAGCUGUAAUUACUACAAAGUGGAUAAAGUAACGAAAACGUUUAAGGCAGAGAACACGGCUGUGUUGACGUCAUUUCCUAUAAAUCCUCCUGUCUAAAUGAAAAUUUGCACAAGCUCAAAGUUAUGAGAGCGUUAUUAUCCUACUAAUACAUUCCAGAGCCCAGAUCAUUUUACAGUGUGUUUAUUUGGAUUGGGGAGAUUUCUCUGCAGCUGUACUGAUACUAAGUGCGGUACUAAGACUGGAAGAGUCAGUUUAUGUAUAGCCAAUGCAAAGCAACACAAAAAUCUGGGGUCUCAUUUAUUAACUGUGCAUGCGCACAGUUUGUGUUGACCUCACAUGCUCAUGUUCAUAUAGAUAGAACUUGAUUUAACUUCAUUUAUGCAUGUGAACGUUCAUAUGUAUAGAACUACUCCUGAUGAUCAUACAGAAAUCCCAAGUGAUAGAAAGGUAAAGUACAAGAAAACUCAUGAAAUGAUCAAAGUCCCAGCAAUUAUCUGCUGUUUCUGUUCCUGAUUGAUGACUAUUGUACCGAAACCAUGGAGGCUAAGAAAAACGAUGGAAGUGCAUUCAAGUGUCUACAUUACACUCAUCCCUAAUGACUUUUUCCCACUACUGCGGUUUGCCAGAUGGUUAACAUAUGGGGAAAUGAACACUAGUUUAAACCAACAGGGUGUUUAAACAUCCUUAUAGUUAGGGUGGUCAAAACUUGUGUAACCUGUUAAGUGUAGUCAAGUUUAUUGAUUUUUUUUUUUUUUUUUUGUACUGUUUUUCAGUAUUUUUCAUUGACUUACAUCUUAAAAACACUUCAGAUCAACUUCUGCCCUGCUCCACUGUUUUUCUGCUAGUCCACUGUUGUCUAAUGCGCACCGAUAUAGAAUGUUCUACACAUGCUUUGAUGAAUGAGACUAUUAAUAACUGGUAUUAUUAAUUAUGAGGAAUAUGGGUCUUUGGAUAUACAGUGACUUAUAUGUGAUAUAACUUGAUAAUUAUAUUGUUGUUCCAUUAAUACAGUAGGCCAGAGCAUUAAAGCUGCUUAUCUUAAAGUAACCACACGCUUGAAGUUUAGAGCUGUAAUCUAGUUAUAUUCAGCAUGGACAUAGUGAAAAAAUACUGAAGUUCCUCCAAGUCUUUAAUAUACACUGUGUACUCCUUAGGAACAAUCUAAAGAGGUGUCAGGUUUUAUCCCCAUCCCUGCAUAAGACUACCUGGAAAAGAACAUUCAGAAAUAGAGGUGCUGAUGGAAAUUCCAGAAACAGAAGGUUUAAAUGCCAGAAGAGGAGAUCACAGGUUGACUCAGCAUGGCAGUAUGACCACAGGAGUACUUGUGCACCUACAGACUGGGACACAAAUUGGCCCAAAGAGAUUCUUUUAUUUUAUUUUAUUUUUUAGGUAGUUAUUUUUAUGCUUGCCCUUUCAUCUUGCCCCGUUGUUCCAACAGCAUUUUUUUAACCCAUCUGUAGAGAUGGAGGCAUCAUAGUGAGGUUCAGGCCAUCCAAAGCUGCCAAAAUUAGUAGAGGACUGCAGUGUGAAUGAAUUCUAGCAAAAUAUUGCCUUUUAUUCAUUUUCAAAAUGGACAGUUAAUCUUUUUUUUUUUUUUUUAUGUACUUGCUGUUUUAACAGACUUAAGAAUCUGUUUUUUUUUCCUUCAGGAUAGUUACAAAGAAUGUAUUUUAAAGUACUCUGGAUUGCCGUCCUGAUGGCUGAUGUGAAGAUUUCAUGUUUUGUUAGUCCUCAGGUGUCAUUACAUAUGGUUGGACUGACAGUGCAAGCACUUAUUUUCUAAUUGCAGUUAUAAUUAAUAAUAUUUCAGUAAAUGCUCGAGUAGAUCAGUGCCUGUUGUCUGCAGACCUGCUGUCUGAUCAGUGUGCAUCUUUCAUUGUGUUCUGGUAAUUCAUAAAUUGCCUUAAAUUAUUUUGGAUUUGUUAAAUUAAAUGCUGGUAUUUAAAUCACGGCA